AUGACUGCGCCAGCUCCAGUGUGGUGGGCGUAUGCCAUCCUCGUCGUCGCCGUGGUGUCCAUGUCGUCGGGUGGGGUGUGGUUUGCCUUGCUCCCGGAGACGCCCCCUCUGAUGCAGGCGUGCUGGCGCCUCCAGCUUACGGUCGCGUUGCAAGCUGUGGGGUUUGCGCACGAGUGGCGCCACCAUCCGACGCUGCAAGACCCUGCGUUUUGGGCCAGGUUUUGCCGAAACAUUCCGUUGUUGGUCACGAUCGGUCUGGCGCUUGGCGUGCAUUUUGGAUCGUGGGGGUGGAGUGUCGCGCACACGUCGCUGCUGGACUCGCUCCUGCUGGUGAGCUCGACGCCGCUGCUGCUGGUUGUGAUCAUGGCGAUGCGGUGGGCGUAUCGUUGGAUGGUAGGCGGGACACCGAGCAACGUGGUACGGGUAUGCCUGCCCCUGUCCGAGUCCAAGCCGGCCGUGGUCAUUACUGAAGCACAUGCCCUCCUCCCAGCCGAUGCGCCGUCCGAUCCGUCGUGGUUUCGCACGGUCAUUUGUCCCUUUCCAGCCCUCCCCCCCACUCCUCUCGAAGUCCUCGGCGCUGUCGUAGGGUUUUCCGGCGUUGUCCUGCUGUUGGCCACAAGUUCGCAGCAACACAAUGCCCAUCAAGUUACCCUGGCGGGCAACGCGGCUGCAAUGCUCGGGGCUCUGGCUAUCCUUGUGUACUUGGAGGGCGGGGCAGGGUGCCGGAAGUGGAUGCCGCUGUUUGCGUACGCUUUGCCGGUGACAGCAAUUGCCACGGUGGAGCUGGCCGUGGCGUCCCUGGUGUUCGAGCCCACAACGUCGAUCGUUGGGGUCGGCUCAACGGCGCUCUGGGGUUUCCUCGGGGACACUCGUCGGUUUGGCUUGGCAUUUGGCGCCGCCGCAGUCUCAGGCAUGCUCGGUCAUACUUGUGCAAACUUGGCCGUCAAGUACGUGAGCCCGCUGCUUAUAUCGGUGGCGGUCUUGUGGGAGCCAUUGCUUGGAGGCUUCAUGGGCUACCUCGUUGGCGUUCAAGGCCCGCCGGAUGUAUCGGCGAUCGUGGCCGCGCCCCUCCUGCUUGGUGGGGCUUUUCUCGUGACGUUGGGCGCUCGAAAAACCGGCCUCGACCACAUCGUCCUCACCAAACAAUGCGACACGGAAGAUGAGCUAGACGAUCACCGAGGACUGUUCUAA